UUGUUUUGAAUUAAAUAGUGGAACAAAAAACUUUUAAUUAUUUUAAAAUAGAAAAUAAUGUGGAGGUACUUAAAUUCCCACAAAUGUUUUUUUAAUUUUAAUUUUGAAACAAACACAUUUUUGUAUACUGAUUUAAAUCAUGUUUAUCAGGAGAAAAACGUAACGAACGCUUUUAUUAAGAAUAGAUUUGAAGAAGUGAAUCCCCGUAUUGAUUUCGAUGAGGAAUUAGUAAUGAAUACUUUAGGUGACCUUCCUUCAGCUUGCGAAAUUCAGAAAGAGAACAAAAUAAUAAUUUUGAAUUUAAAAUAUAAUGUUGAUAGUGAUGUAUUGAAAUUUUACUGGAAACUUCAGCCUUCAGAGGAUAAUAUUAAAGAAGUAUUAAUUCAUCCCAUCUUGUUGGCUUUAAAUUCGUUUAUUUUACAAAAUGAUGAACUUGUAAAUAUAAUUAGAAAAAAAGAUAUCGAAAUUGAACAAUACAAAGCUGAGGGUGCUAUUUUGAAGAGAAGGCUUGUUGCAACGAAAAAGUUCAGUCACUCAAAUUUCAACUCAAAUUACGUGCACGUUGAUGUAGAUGAGUUUUUGUCAUAUGCUAAGAACAACAUUGAUAGCUUAGAAAAUUCUAGCAAGCAUAUGAUUAAGAAACUCGAAAUAACUUCUCCAGAAAAAGAAAGUACCUUAGAAAGCAUUAGUCCCGAUAAAAGAGGAGGAAAAUCAAAGCGAAAACGAGCUCUAGAAGCAAGGAGACAAGAAAAUUUGGCUAAGAUUAAAAAGUUGGGUCAGAAUUUGUAUGAAAAUGAAUAAUUGUAAUUUUUGUAAAUAUGUUUAUAACUUUGUGCGUGCAAAUUUUAUUUGUUCUUUUAACACAUUGACAUCAUGUAUGUACUUAUAUAUGUUUGUUUGUUGUACAAAAUGUAUAAAUAAAUUUUACCUGUUUUUAUAAAUUAUA